AUGGCCUUCAACGUCCACUUCAAGAAGGUUCUGGCUCGUGGUCAAAACAAGCGAGCCAUCUCGGGCCCGUCGCUGGACACCCGGUUCCGGCUGUUCACCCGCCAGAACCCGCACAAGCCGUACUUCCUGUUUGCCGCGGAUCGCGACAGCAUCCUCAACUCCACCUUCAGCGCAAAAUGGGACACCAAAAUAUAUAUCCACGGAUACCUCAACAGCGGGAAGCUCCUCGCUCCAGAAAUGGAGCUGAAGGACCGGUUCCUUGUACGUGGCGAGUACAACAUCAUCAUGGUGGACUGGGGCCGCAAGUCGCAAGACCUGUACGGCCGCGUAGUUAACCAAGUGGUUCCUGAAGUAGGACAGCAGCUGGCAGCCUUCAUCCGCGUCGUUCAGAAUGCUACUGGAGCCAACUGGAAGAGCUUCCACCUGAUUGGCUGCAGCAUAGGUGCCCACGUGGCUGGCUUUGCCGGGAAGUAUCUCAAGGGUCAAAUUGGACGCAUCACUGGCCUGGACCCCGCCUCGCCACGCUACAAGAACCUGCCUCCGCAGAAGCGACUCUCACGGACGGACGCCGACUUUGUGGACGUAAUUCACACUGACAUCUACGGCGUGGUUCCCUUCGGAGGCUUCGGACUGAAGGAGCCGAUAGGCCACAUCGACUUCUUCCCCAACGGCGGUGACAGGCAACCAAACUGCUCCAGAGCGGACCUUCUGUGCGAGCAUUUGCGUUCGUACGACUACUACAUGGAGACAAUCGCGACGGCGGCACCGUGCGCCAUGGUGGGCUACGUGUGCACCGACUGGUCCUCGUUCGUGGCCGGCCGCUGCACCGACUGCGGGCCGCGCAACGAUGGCUGCCUGCGGUUCGGCGAGCCCGCGGCGCAACACCGGGCGCUGGCCGAUGCCUCGCGCUCCGUUCUCGUCUACCUGCGCACGGCCGGCUACUACCCGUACUGCGUGUACCACUACGAGGUGAGGUUGGAGGUGAUUGCGGAUGUGGCUAGCCGAUUCAGCCUGGACAACUCGUCGCUCACAGUCACGCUGGGACCCAAAGUGAAGCUGCACAUACCUCUCGUCGCCGAUGUCGCCACGCCGGAGCACAGUGGUCUGCGCCGGGAUGAUGUUGGCGACGUGCUGACCGACUUCAAGCUGCAACCGCCGGCUGUGCGCAGCUACACACGGCUCGCCACCAGCCUGGAACCCCUGGACGCGCUGCGCGAGGUCACUGUGGCCAGCGCCAGAGGCGACCACUUCGGCACCCUCGAGUCGCUCGUCAACUUCGUGCACAUGAAGCCGAUGAACCACGCUAGUCAGAGGGAACAGAUUGAAGGCUCCAAGCUGUUCUGCCCAGUUGGCGGCACAGUGGUGCACCCGAGGCACUCCGUGCUCACUCUCACCGCUUGCACGGGAGCUGCGUGACUGCGGACGUGGCUUUACGGAGGCAAACAUCAGUGCAGUCUUCAACACUGGCCAGGCGGUCUGAAGAAGGAAGCUAUCUUCACCGUCAUGGCCGCGUUGGACACUUGCCUUGGGCCCGGGUCGAACGCUACAGCCACCAACUUUUGGAGGAGUAGACAAAAACUAUUUCAUGCUGGGCUGUUACGAUGAAAAUACCAUGGCAGAACUUCCCAUGCGCAGUGUUUAUUGAUGGGCACAAAGAAUAGGGUUACAGACACUUCCAUGUGAGGUGCUAACAGCGUCCCCACAUGCAACAGUUACGCAAUCUUCCUGUUAGUAGCCAGCCAUAGCGAAAGUAGGGCCUGUCUUACACUGUAUAAAUGCAAAUAAGCCGAAAAGGGUAUUCUAAGGACUCCCUUGAGACUACAUGCCUGAAAGCCGUGCUCCCUUACAGUACGUGGUGCACAAAUGUUCAGCGCCCUCCAUUUUUCUCACUCGCAAAACAGGGAUGACGAAAGGAGCGACAGCCUCAACUUUACAACAUUUUAAAGAGGGAGUUUACAAGAGAGAAGACUCCCUUUAGCGUAAACGGAGUUUUAUUUCUUGUUCUCUGUGUUAUUUUAUUUUAUUUUAAGCAUGCGUGUGAAGUAAACGAGCAAUGAGAGAUAUAGUGUCCAAAUGUUUCUUUUUUCUUACUGCAAAAUUAAACAUUUCCAGAGUGCUAGUGAAACUUAUCAAAGCAAUAUAAUUUACGAUUUAUUUGUCUCGUCGACCACAAUGUCCUGUCGCCCUGCAAGGUCGCCCCCGACACCUGACUUUGGAAGUGCGGCCAUGCAGGGCUUCAACGGCUUCGGUCACAGAAUUUUCUUGCUUCUGUUUGCUCUCCUGUAAACUGAAACUGAAACUGAAGUCUAAGCUCGCGAAGCGGUAUACU